CGUCAAGAUGGAGCAAACAAAUGAUAUUACGAAAAUAAGUGACAAUGAUGAAAUUUUUUAGUGUUAGUUAUCAGAGUUUACUUAUAAUGAACGGAAAACUUAUAUUUUGUAUUUUCGUUAUCUGUCUUUUAGAAACAGCAAAGCAGAAGUUUGUUGAGGAAAAUACGAACUUUCAAUAUUCUAGAUGCAAACAAAUAUCGGACAAUGUCUUGUGCGAGGCGCUUAAUAUAAGCAAAGGGUCAGAGGACAAGGCAAGUCUAUGGCCUCCGGGUCCAUUUGCAAUUCCUAUGUCACAAUACGGGUGUCCAGAGUCUGAGAGUCGUGGAUGGACACAGAGCGUAUUAGAUAUGAGAAUUAAAAAAAAUAAACAUGCAAAGCAGAAGAAGAGCCAAAUAAAGCUAUGUGUUAAAGUGCGACAUGAUACUAAACUAGACACAGAAAGUUGGAUUCCUGGAAGAUAUACAAUUUACAAGAUUGGAGAGAAAUGCCCGCCAGGUUUUCGGGAUAGAAAACAGCAAACAGCCUUCUUUGAAUAUGAUUCGUACGGAAUCAUUCCAAAUAUCUCAGUUCACGAGACAGCACAGCCAAAGAGGAAGAAAUUGAGUAUAGCGACGUGUGACAAAAUCUACACGGAAUCAGAUGUCAUCGAAAGCAAUGUUACGUUUGGAAUGCUGAAAACAAAUUUCAAAUUGAUAAAGAAAGGAACCAUGUGUCCAAUGUCCACUUCUUCUACAGAGAAAAACUAUUUCUGCGGCAUUGUCCAAGUUGCUGAUGAUAAGGCUGGAAGUCCGGCACGGUUGGUAUCGGGCUUCGACUUGGUUUGGAAUAUUGAUUCAAAACGUACCGAUAAGUACGCUUACCUUGAAAGGUAUCAAAUUGACUUGCGGCGUUCUAUGCAUGUGUCUAUAAUUGAAAUGGUUUUCAAUGAGAAAAAAGAAAUAAAUCAGACGUUUAAGCAAUGCUGGUAUAGUGAGAUGAAUGCUGGAUUUCUUUAUGGUGAAGCACUGAAGUGCAAUCAUACAGACAAGAAUGGUCGCUUGCUGUUAAGACACGUUCGUGCCCGUUACAUCACCUUGGAUUUUGAAGUCAUUACUUCAUCAUUGAAGGCAUCGAAAUCGCAACUGAUGAAUCAAACAUCAUUUAAGAUCUUUACAACGGAUUUGGAAUCUAUGAAUGGAGAAUUAUGUAAUGAAGAUCUUGGAAUGAGUGAUGGGAGUAUUCAAAAUAAUCAAAUAUUUGCCUCAUCACGGUCAGAACUUUAUCAACCGUUUGCUUCAAGACCUUCCUCAACUGGUUGGUGCCAUAUCAAAGUGAAGGAUGCAAAUCCGUGGAUUAUGGUUGAUUUAAUGGUAGUAACGAAAAUUGAAGGGGUUACAAUAUAUGCUUCAAAUGGAGCAAAUAUUCAUUCAAGAGGAAGCUGGAACUCAUUCCGUCUUCUGUAUGGGAAUCAGACAAAUAACUUAAAAAUUUGUAGCGAAAAGUUGAAAACUGAUUUUGACCAAUCAACGUCUCGCAAGCAUAGAUCAUUUUUGCUUCAAACCUCAAUUACUGCACGUUUGAUCAAGUUGGAAUUAAAUGAAAGUGGCGAGGCGGAAGAAAUAUGUCUUCAAUUUGAAAUUCAUGGGUGUAAACGUUCAGGAAUGCCAAUCUCGCUGGAAUGUGUCCACAACAUAAAAACACCUGAUAAAGAUUUUAGUGUUGAUCACACCGACGAAAGCUCGGGGGACGGUGCACAUCUCACUUCAUCAAGUGAUUAUGCGUCUAGUAACUAUUUUAACGAACAUAAAGAUGAUAUGACCAUAGAUUACACAUCGGAUUAUGACGACAUUGGCAACAAUGACAGGCCACAGAUUCAGAUUGACUUUAAACAUUUAACAGCUAAAACGUGUACGAUAGAUGCUGUUGACCUGUUUCCAAGUUUUAAAGAGGACCAUGCAACGAUAAUAACGAACGCAUUAUAUGUUCAAAAGUCUUCAAUAAUAAUGUCUAUAGGCUAUCCUUUUCUGACAGGAAGUGACUACUGUUAUUCAUGGAUAAUAGAUUUUAAUCAUCAGCACUAUGUGAAAUUAAUCUUCACAAACAUCACGUUGAACCAAAUGGUGCUUAAUGAUGAUGAUGGCUGUGACGACAAACUCAUUCUAGGAACAGAUUUACAGGAGCAAUUAAAUGGGACUGAAAUUGAUAACAAUUUUAACGAAAGAGUAUUUAUUAUUGAAACAAACAAGACUUUUUUAGUUAUAACAUUUCAACUGUGUUUUCAUAAAUUCAAAGGAAGUAGGUUUCGUGCAGUUGUAACGAAAGAAGAUAUUCCAGCUUGUUUAUCCAUCGGUCCAAACGUGAAUUGGAGCAAUGGAAGGAAAGAGUUUUGCAUAAAUCCAGAAAUGAUACUCACGUCAAUGUCGAUUUUGAAUAAUCCGUUUGACAAUUUUGAAGAAAGGUUUAGGAUCCGGGCUAAAAAUCAUCACGGCAUCGAGAUUGAGUUUAUAGACUUUUAUAUCGUAUGCCCGAUAGAAAUAACUGAGAGUCGCUCUCGCUUCAAAAUAAUUGAAAGAAAUGGCGACAAAGAAAAUACAUACUGCAACACAAAUAAACCUCCGGAAAAAAUCAGUUCCGAAGAAGAAACUUUGUUGAUUGUAUUUCGUAAAUACGAAGACCCAACUAAAGCCUUUAUAGGAAAGGAGGGAUUUCGAUUACAUUACAGGACAAAAAACUACUCUUUAGCCAACUGGACCGAAAUUUCCUCAAAAACAGAUGGCGACAUGAAGGGCUCAACUAUGACAACAGUUUGCUCGCAGAAAUUCAAAAAGUGUUACAAAAUAUUUUCGUCAUCGAUGUCCUGGAGUAAAGCUGGUUCUGUUUGUGGGAAAUAUGACCAAUGUCUUGUAACAAUACAGUCACCAAAAGAAUUACAGUACAUUAAUUACCUACUUCGUGACCAGAGGUACGUUGAUCGAAGAGCUGAGAUUAGUGAUUCAAAAGGCUCAAGCUAUAAAGCACAUAUAGGAUUGAAGCGCAAAAUGGUCACAGAUAGGAAAGAAAAUUAUGUUUGGUUGAACAAUUAUGAAGUAAUUUUUUCGCCAUGGGCAAUUGGUGAGCCAACAGUUGGGGACUGUACUUGCACAAACUUCCGGUCAUUUAUUAUAGACAGAACAUUGGAAUCAGAAUAUUGUAACAAUGAACAUAAUGCAGAUUAUUUCAUCUGUCAGUCGGAUUAUAAUGAAAAGGGGAAAGAAAAAUUUGCCUCAAAGAAAAGCAAGUGUAAUACUUUGUCUGAAGGAAAUAAAACAAAAAUAAAUUACUCCUACUCCGGGAAGUUGUGCCAGAAUUGGAGUAAUCUAACGAACAAUGCUUUGAUACAUUUCAAUAAAACAUUUGACAGACGAAAAGAAGUCUUAAAGAAGAAUUCUACAUUAUGUCAAGACCCUUAUCGCUCUGGAAUAAUGGGUUGUUACGUGAAUGACAGCGUGUCGACUUGGGAGCCAUGUUUCUUUUCACUAUAUGAUAAACAAGAUCAUCAAGGAAAGGCGGCGCUCAAUGAACGCAGCCCCCACCCGACCCAGCAACAAGAGCCAGUGGCAAGGAGCCGAGGAGGACCCUCUGGUUCUGAUUCCAUGACCAUGGCCAUUCCUGAUGUUUUUUUUGUAUGCAGCUCUACCAGUCGCCGUAUACCAUGGGUAAAUAAAUGUGAUAAAACGUUCCAUUGUGAAGACAAAACUGACGAAGUUAAUUGCACAUUGGAAGAUCACGAGCUUGCAGGAGACGUUGAAUUAAGCUCCACUAUUCUAAACGUAUCGGUCGAUGAAGGAGGAAACUAUUAUCAAUGUGGUAGUAAGGAAUGGAUUUCAAUGGCUGCAAAAUGUGAUACUGUAAUAGACUGUUUAGAUGCAUCUGAUGAAAUCGAUUGUAUACGACAAAGUACAGACUGCAAUGCGAACGAAUUUGCUUGUGCUGAUGGAAGCUGUAUAAAACUAGGUCAGGUCUGCGAUUUCAAACCAGAUUGCACAAAUGCAGAGGAUGAAUUUUGUGAACUUCGAAACUGCGGUCUCAAUGAAUAUGUUUGUGGUAAUAAACAGUGUAUACAGGACAGUAAAAGAUGCGACUCUAUCCCGCACUGUAUAGAUGGUAGUGAUGAAAUUGAAUGUUUGGAAUGUCGGGAUUCUUUUCACUGUGAUGGUGAUAGAUGUAUAGAUAAUAAACUGGUUUGUGACAAAGUGCGUGACUGUGAAGAUGGUAGUGAUGAAAGUGAUUGCACGACUGACGAUGAAUCAUCGUGCGAGAAGUGGUGGCGCAAAGGCUAUUUUGAAUCUGGCCAAAGAGUUAUUGGUGGUAUGAAAGUGUAUUGUGACUAUGGCUCAAGAGCAGGUCUUCACCAAAAAAUAACUUUAGAAAUAAGAAAUUUAGAUUUGGAUGCAGAGAGCAAUAUUUUACACACAGAGUCUUCAAAAUAUCUUGAAAACAGUGAAUUGGUUUAUUUGGUAGAGCGUUUGAAGACAUGCACAGUCGAUGUGAGUAUAACAUUUAUUUAUUUCGUGUGUCAUAAUUUUUUAUACGGUUAUUUGUUUUCAAGGUGCCGAAUUCCUCUUUAUCCAAAACUAUCAGAUCGAAUCAUGUUCUGUUUUUUACUUUUCACAGGGCCCAUCAAGAUUGCUGGAAAAAUAUAUUUUUGUCAUAUUUUUAAUACAGGAAAAUAACAUCAUG